GUGAUUAACUUCCAUCUACUUAUAUCGAACCCCAACAUCGCCUCUUCUCCGUUCGACUUGCCUUUGGAUCCUACUGGAGGAGUCCAUGGAGAGAGUGAUGGAGCUCCGCAAGACUUCGCCUGGCACUCUUCUCCUUGUGGGCGUCUUAAUGGGGCUGAUGGCCUCAUCUGGGGCUUACGAUUUCUACGUUGGUGGAAGAGAUGGCUGGGUUUCCAACCCUUCCGAGAGCUACGACAAAUGGGCAGGGAGGAACAGAUUCCAAGUUAAUGACACCCUCGUGUUUAGAUACAGGAAGGAGGUGGACUCCGUACUGGUGGUGACGAAGCAGGACUACGACGCAUGCAACGCGAGCAAUCCAAUCCAGAAGCUGGAGGGAGGCGACUCGACGUUCAAGUUCGAUCGGUCGGGGCCGUUCUACUUCAUCAGCGGCGUGCCGGAGAGCUGCCGGAAGGGGCAGAAGCUGGCGGUGGUGGUGUUGGCUAUCAGGAACCAGAACCCGAGUCCACCGCCUCCAUCAUCUCCACCUUCCCUCACUCCAUCGCCAUCUCCCUCUUCCUCUUCCUCCCCCUCCUCAUCUCCGUCCCCAUCACCCACGUCACCCGUUCAUGCCCCGACGCCAAGUCCAACUCCGUCACCUUCUCCUUCCACCACCACCACCACGCCUCCAGCCCAGCCACCCGCCUCAGCUGGAUCUUCGACUGGUUCCAAUCUGUCACCAACACCGCCUCCCUCGAGUCUCUCCUCUGUCCGGAGUGCAUCAAGGAUCGCCCUCGGGCUGGCCGCUACAGUUCUUGGUGGGGCACUUCUCCUCUAAUAAGCCUGUACUAGUUGAAUUCUCAUGUAUAUGAUUGCAUUCUUGUGGAUCUCGUUUCAAGAACCAGUGAGUGGUUCUCUGUAAGAAUAAAACCGUAGAAGUAAUGUAAUCUUACAGAUAUGGGGGAAUAAAUAAGAACGCUGUCAGUUCUUCAUCUA